AUGAUUUCCAAUACUCCCACCCUCCUCCUCCUCCUCCUCCAUGUCCUCCUCUGCCUAAGCCUCCUUGUUCUCUCAGCAACCGCCCUCCCCAGUCCAGGUGGCUACGGUGGUGGCCCAACUUAUACCUGGAGCAACCCCCCUCCCAGUGAUGGCUCCAAAGGGGGACAUGGAAACAACAACGGAAACCAAAUCACUGGCUUCUCCUUUGCCAAAUGGGUGGAUGAUGUCCAACAAGGCAAAGGCAUGUCGCCUGAACAAGCGCUGGCUUCUUACAAAGCUAGUGAACACGCGAAACGCGAAGCCCGUAGACUGGUGGCUGGAAACGACAACGACGAUGACGAUGAACUUCCCCCUUGGUAUUUCACAUAUGGCCCCGGCGGCGGCGGCGGCGGUGGAGAUAACAGAACCACAAUUGUAGGAAAACGAGCCUCGGAACCAACCGGACCAACUUGCUAUUGGCACAAAAACCAGCGACCCAAAGUCGAGGAUGCGUUUUUCGUCGUCACCAUGAUGGCGCACCGUCCGGAACUGAUUAGUAUUCACAAGGAUGAGGGGAGGGAUGUCGGGCGACCCAUCAAUACGGCGAGUAUUAAUGUGAGGAGUGUCACUGGACUUAGGUAUGCGGUGUUGGGAACGGAUAUUGCGCGGGCGGGAGGGUUAAUUAUGGAUUAUUGCACGUGGAAAGGCAGAAGUGGUGGAGGAGAGUAUGCGUGGGGAAAUGGCUACCUUUAUGUUACUAUUGAGCAUACGGGAAGGGGUGAGAAGACGAUGCAAGAGAACUUGAUGGAUAAGAGGGAACAGUUGAUUGGGCCGCGGAAAGCGGAGGAGGAAGAUGAAGUGAAGCCCAAGUGGCAGAUGGUUGUCAGGGAGAGAAAGUAG